GUCUCGUCUCCCCCGUCCCCAACCCACGCACUGUCCCAGUAGAGAUAAGCCGAGUCCACGAGAUCCCCGUAGACCACCGGAAGGAAGCUGAGCCCCCCCGCGAUCCUAGCGAGGCAGCAGCCAGCCAUGAUGAUGAUGGGCGAAGGCGUGAGCGUCCCGCCGUGGUCGCACCACCUCCCCGUGAGCGGCGUCGACGUCGGCGGCACCACCGGCGGCGACGAGAUGACGCCGUACCUGCUGGCGGCGCUGCGCCAGUACCUGCCGUGCAACGACGCCAGCGCCGACGACGACGAGGAGGCGGCCGCGGCGGCGAUGGCGGCGGGCGUCGACGGGUACGGCUCCGACGAGUUCCGCAUGUACGAGUUCAAGGUGCGGCGGUGCGCGCGCGCCCGCAGCCACGACUGGACCGAGUGCCCCUUCGCUCACCCGGGGGAGAAGGCGCGCCGCCGGGACCCGCGCAAGUACCACUACUCCGGCACCGCCUGCCCCGACUUCCGCAAGGGCGGAUGCAAGCGCGGGGACGCCUGCGAGUUCGCGCACGGCGUCUUCGAGUGCUGGCUGCACCCGGCGCGCUACCGCACCCAGCCCUGCAAGGACGGCACCGCCUGCCGCCGCCGCGUGUGCUUCUUCGCCCACACCCCGGACCAGCUGCGCGUGCUCCCCGCGCAGCAGUCCAGCCCCAGGGGCGCCGGCGCCGCGGCCUCGCCGCUCGCCGAGUCCUACGACGGCUCCCCGCUGCGGCGCCAGGCGUUUGAGAGCUACCUCACCAAGAGCAUCAUGUCGUCCUCGCCCACCAGCACCCUCAUGUCGCCGCCCAAGUCGCCCCCGUCGGAGUCCCCGCCAUUGUCGCCGGACGGCGCCGCCGCCUUCCGCCGCGGCUCCUGGCCGGGCGUCGGCUCCCCGGUGAACGAGGUCCUCGCCUCGCUGCGCCAGCUCCGCCUCAGCAAGGCCAACUCGUCCCCGGCCGGCGGGUGGUCCGGCUACCCGUCCUCCGCCGUCGCUUACGGGUCGCCCACGGCUGCCGGGCUCUACAGCCUGCCCUCCACCCCGACGGCCAUGGGCGGCUUCAUGGCCAACCUGGAGCCGCUCGACGUCUCCUUCGGCGGCUGCGACGAGGAGCCCGUGCAGAGGGUGGAGUCCGGGCGAGCCCUCCGCGCGAAGGUGUUCGAGAGGCUGAGCAGGGAGGGCGCCAUCUCCGGCGACGCCGCGGCCGCAAUCGGAGGCCCCGACGUGGGGUGGGUCUCCGAUCUCAUCAACUGAGGCAGCUGGUCAGUUACGUCUUUUGCGAGUAGCAAGGUGGCGAUGGCGAUGGCGAUGGCUUUCUGAGGAAGGUGGUGGUAAGCCGUGAUGGAGAAGAAUGGCAUCCAAAAAAAAAAAUUCAGUGUCUGCUUCUUUUGUUGCUUCCAGUUUCUUGCGCUAAUUCCCCCUGUACAUAUCUAUCGCCUUGUGAAUAUUCUCGGCUGGUAGAGGAAGGAUGCAAGGUGGUGGGAGGAGGGGUGGAUUCGUUUUGGGGUUCUUGAGGUAGUGGAUAUCCAGAAAAAAUAGUCGAGAAAAAAAUAAGUAGAAAUGUAUUAGGUGGUGGUGGUGGUGGUCUGUGUCCUCUGUUGUGCAUAGGGUGUGGAGGCAAGCGUGGCGGGCAGCUGAUGGCGACCAUCAAGGCGACGGAAGAUGGCCGGAUUUCCAGCGGGCACGGCGGCGCCGCCGCGGGCUCUAGCUGCUUAAUUUCUAUGAUGCCGGAGCAUGCUAGUUUGGUGAUGUUUAAAUAGUUCAUCGUUUGCGCGUUAUCAUGCAUCGGCUAGUUGAUCGAUUUCAACCUUGUUGAUUACUACCCACAUUUUGUUGAUGUAAUCUCUGUUCAUCAAGACCCUCAUUCCCUACAGCAUAUUUUGCAUUACCUUUGUUUAGUAGCUGAAAUCUCAUUCACCCGCUAUUAGAGGUGAAUUUCCCUUGUAAUCUUUUGCUCAAGUAAAUGGCCAAUCCAUGAUCUAAUGAUCAGUGUUCCUCUUUUUUCUAUUGAAA